AUGCCAUAUGAUCAAACACAGAAGCCACCUCGUUAUUCAUCAACUUAUGAAGAUCAUACUUAUCAAUAUCGACAUGUUAUUUUGGAUAAAAAUAUGUUAGCAUUAAUUCCAAAAACUCAUCUUAUGGAUGAAUGUGAAUGGCGUGCAUUAGGAAUUCAACAAGGACCUCAUUGGGAACAUUAUCUCAUUCAUAAGCCUGAACCAUUCGUACUUAUGUUUCGUCGUUUAUUAAAAUAUCGUGUUGAAUCAGAUCCAGCUAUGCAACAACAAAAUACUUAUUUCCCAACAGCACAUAUGUCAACAAAGCAUCUACUUGAUGAUUCAACAAAUACAACAAAGAAUAUGAUUAGACAUGGCGAAAAUAUUAAUAAUGGAUUUCGACUGAGUGUUAAUCCUUACAAAAAUAUAAAUGAUAAUAUUGAUGAUAAUAAUAGUCAAUCACAAGAAUCAGGCUUUGCUAGUCAUCAUUGUGAUGAAUAG